ACUAUUGGUAAGAAAUUCGCGCGAAAUAUACGUCACCAGGCUGUAUUUCGCGCGAAUUUGUUAUUACUGAAGAGAAGGACAGUGAGAGAGUGCUCAUGAUGUCGUCACCGUCGUCAACCCCGAGUAACGGCAAACGUGGGAGGGGAAGCAAUCCACCUACCCCACUAGGAGAUGGGAUCUCCUCCCCUCCAUCCCAGCGUCGCCGGACGGAGGACACCUCGACCGCGGAUCUGCAGCCGAUGCCCACGUCCCCCGCCACGGACAUGCGCAGCCCGGUGGCUCAGGACACCUCUCUGUUCUCCAGCCCGCUGCGGUCCCGCCCCUCGGCUCCCCCGAGUGAGAUUGACCUGAGCUCCCCACUGAUGUACGGCACCCCCAGCUCCAGGAUGGAGGGGACGCCUCGCAGCGGAGCGCGCGGGACCCCCGCCAGGCAGCGCGCCGAUCUCGGGUCCGUCCGGAAGGCUCGCCAGGUGGACCUGCACUCUGAGCCGCCUUCAGGAGGUGAUGUGGCCACCGAGCAGCCAGCAGGACAGAAGCUGGUGAUCUGGGGCACUGAUGUCAAUGUGGGGACCUGCAAGGAGAAGUUUCAGAGAUUCCUUCAGCGCUUCACUGAUCCUGGCUCCAGGGAGGAUGAGAACGCCGGGCUCGAUCUGAACGAGCCCCUCUACAUGCAGAAACUGGAGGAGAUCAAUGUCGUUGGAGAGCCAGUGCUGAAUGUUAACUGUGGGGACCUGCAGGCCUUUGAUGGCGACCUGUACAGGCAGCUGAUCUCUUAUCCUCAGGAAGUUAUUCCUACUUUUGACAUGGCUGUUAACGAGCUCUUCUUUGAGCGAUUCCCUGACUCCAUUUUGGAGCACCAGAUCCAGGUGCGUCCCUACAACGCUCUGAAGACCAGAAACAUGAGGAACCUCAAUCCUGAGGACAUUGAUCAGCUGAUCACGAUCAGUGGCAUGGUGAUCCGCACCUCCCAGCUGAUCCCCGAAAUGCAGGAGGCCUUCUUCAGGUGCCAAGUGUGCGCCUUCAGCUCGCGCGUGGAGGUGGACCGCGGGCGCAUUGCCGAGCCGGCCGUCUGCCGUGGCUGCAACACCACCCACAGCAUGGCCCUCAUCCACAACCGCUCCACCUUCUCCGACAAGCAGAUGAUAAAGCUGCAGGAAUCUCCUGACGACAUGCCUGCUGGACAAACCCCUCACACCACUGUGGUCUACGCUCACAAUGACCUGGUCGACAAGGUGCAGCCUGGUGACCGAAUCAACAUAACUGGCAUUUAUAGAGCGGUUCCCAUGCGAGUCAACCCACGCCAAAGCAACGUGAAGUCCGUGUACAAGACCCACAUAGAUGCCAUCCACUUCCGCAAGACGGAUCAGAAGCGGCUCCACGGCUUGGACAAGGACGCGGAGCAGAAGCUGUUCACGGAGGACCGUGUCCGGGUGCUGAAGGAGCUGGCGGCCAAGCCUGACGUAUACGACCGCUUGUCUUCAGCGCUGGCACCCAGCAUCUAUGAGCAGGAGGACAUCAAGAAGGGAAUUUUGCUGCAGUUGUUCGGGGGCACUAGGAAAGACUUCAGCCAGACUGGGAGAGGAAACUUUCGCGCUGAAGUCAACAUCCUUCUGUGUGGAGAUCCCGGGACCAGCAAGUCCCAGCUGCUGCAGUACGUUAACAACCUUGUGCCCCGUGGCCAGUACACUUCAGGCAAGGGCUCCAGCGCCGUCGGGCUGACCGCUUACAUUAUGAAAGACCCUGAGACCCGGCAGCUGGUCCUGCAGACCGGUGCCCUGGUGCUCAGCGACAAUGGCAUCUGCUGCAUCGACGAGUUCGACAAGAUGAGCGACAGCACGCGGUCGGUGCUGCACGAGGUCAUGGAGCAGCAGACACUGUCUAUUGCCAAGGCAGGAAUUAUUUGCCAGCUGAAUGCUCGCACCUCGAUCCUAGCUGCAGCUAACCCAGUGGGGUCUCAGUGGAACCCGAAAAAGACCACAAUUGAAAAUAUUCAGCUUCCACACACUUUACUGUCCAGAUUUGAUCUCAUCUUCCUGAUGCUCGAUCCUCAAGAUGAAGCCUACGACCGACGUCUCGCUCACCAUUUGGUAGCCCUGUAUCACCAAAGCGAGGAGCAAAUCGAGGAAGAGUUUCUGGACAUGGCUGUUCUUAAGGACUACAUUGCUUACGCUCGCACUUACAUUAACCCCAGAUUAAGCGAAGAAGCUAGUCAGGCACUUAUUGAGGCCUAUGUGGACAUGCGUAAAAUUGGAAGUGGGAGGGGCAUGGUGUCUGCCUAUCCUCGCCAGCUGGAGUCCCUUAUUAGGCUGGCGGAGGCCCAUGCCAAGGUGCGCUUCUCUGACAAAGUGGAGACCAUCGACGUUGAGGAGGCGAAGCGGCUCCAUCGUGAAGCCCUGAAACAGUCUGCCACAGAUCCCAGGACUGGAUUUGUGGACAUUUCAAUUCUCACCACAGGAAUGAGUGCCACUGCCCGAAAGCGCAAGGAGGAAAUAGCCCAGGCUUUGAAGAAGCUGAUCCAGACAAAGGGCAGGACUCCAGCCAUGAAAUACCAGCAGCUGUUCGAUGAUCUCCGCGCACAGUCUGAAUUGGCAAUCACGAAGGACAUGUUUGAAGAGGCUCUUCGAGCGCUGUCUGAUGAAGACUUUUUAACAGUCACAGGGAAGACUGUACGCUUGCUUUAAAUAUGUUGUUCUGUGGGAAGUGGUUGCAGUUAUUGAGUUUCAAUACUCAUUUCAUUUUGCUGUCUUUCUUGUUGCUCUUAUUGACACUUAAAAGAUAUUUUUGAAAAUGUUAAUGAAAUACAGAACAUGUCAAUUUUGUUUGUAUCGUUGGAUUGUUGAAUGGAAUGGUUUAAAACUAUAGCUUGUAAUAAACAAAUCUUGUAAGGUA